CCCAUACACUCCGAAGAAACGUUGUUUAUGGCGAAAGCGAAAUCAAUUUUACGUACGUGAAAGUGUUGUGUUUUGUGGGGCAACGUCGCCAUGCUUCGCCUAUCCUUUCGUUGCACGCCACUUCUUCACUCAACGUACAUAUGUAGUAACCGAGCGACCGAAGGACCAACCGACCACCGAACCAAACCGAGCGCGUUGCUAACACGCCCUCCUUUCGGCUCUGCCACCUCUUUGUUGCGUCCAUUAGCUCAGCCCAGCGCUGUCGUCACUGUCGCCACUGCUAUUGUUUUUGGCAUUAUUGUUGUUGUUGCCAUUGUCGUUCGUCUCUCUGUAGACAGCGUUGACUUCUCGCCUAUAAAUACAAAUGUUCUGGCCAGAAUGUGGCUUAAAGCGACACAGUUAUCCUAGCCGUAAUCUACGCCGCGUGCAAAACAACCGAACCAGCUAUAGUAGAGCCAGUCGAAAGUGUAUAUUGAAGUGAGCAUAAAAUUGUGGAAAUAUAUAAGAGAUAUCUAACUAUUUUUAAUUUGUGCAAGUGCCACUAAUUCGUUUACAAAGUAAUUGACACAAUUUUGUGUGGCACAACAGUGGUACUUUUAAAUUGCCAUUAAAAAGUGAAUAUCUUUGAGAGAAAGAGAGAAAGAAAAAUUCCAACAGCUUGGAGAGGCGAAAUAAAAAAAAACUAAAACAACAACAGCAGAAAGUGUAGUGUAGUCAGCAAUUGAAUUGUAGCGAAAAUUCGGCGCCAUUUGGGGAAGCCAACAACGACAAUAGUCUAGCAGCAGCAACAAUAACAACGUCACAAAGUCACAAAACCACCGAGCCAACGGCGACACGCAUCAGCAACAACAACAGAAACAGAAACAUAGUCUGCAGAGGGAAUCUCAAUAAAAGUGAAAUUUUCGCCACACGUCGCCCAAUAAAACCAACCGGAAACACAAUGGUAACAGUACAACUGGCAAUUCGUCGCAACAACAACAAACAGCAACACAAAAUCAACAAGAAACAGAGUGGAACUAUGUGCAGCAGCAGCAGCAGCAGCAAUGGCGGCAGCGCCAGCGCUCAAGUGAAAUGUCGCCGCGGUGGCGUCGGUGUUGCCUCAGCGCCAUCACUCAGUCUCGGCUUGUGGCUGUUGCCUGUGUUGUUGGUGUUGUUGGCGUGGCAGCAGCAACCAUGCGAGGGACGUUAUCUGCCGACAAGGUCACAUGGCGACGAUUUGGAUAAAUUGCGCGAAUUAAUGUUGCAGAUCUUGGAGUCCAGCAACGAAGAACAACGUCCACCCAAUGAGGCUAAUGGCAACACAUUGGCACAACGUGCCUCCUGGUUGAAUAAGUUGAAUGCCAUGGAUGGUGUGGAGACACAACGCAAAUAUGGCGCACGUGGCAUGUAUGACAAUGGACGUUACUAUUAAAUGAUAUACUAUGGAAAAACGUAUAAAUAAAUUUGAAAAGCAGUUAAGUGAAGGCGUUGACGACAAAAAAAUUACAGAAAUAAAACCAAAUCCAUAUUGAUGACUAACAAAAUGAAGCUUGAAGAAAGUAAUGUGCCAAAGAUACCACAGAAAGCUCUAAAUGAGGUGAAAUGACAUUUAUAUGUAUAAAGAGAAAUACCGUUAGCUAAAGCUUAAGUGAAAUUUGAUUUUGAAAUUACUAAUAAUUAUUUUAUGAUAUUGCGUUUUAAUAAGUUAAAGAAUAUGCCAUAAAAGUAAUUUUCAGGUCUUUCUGUUUCAUGACAAAUUUCUUAGCAGAAAAACCUAUCUAGAUAAAGCUUUCAUAUCUUCAGAGCUAUACCUUUCCAUGAGCUAUAUCUUUACCCAAAAGUUUCCACUUAGCUUUAAUUGAUUUAUAUUUUGUGAGAAGACAUUGAAAACUUUUAGAGUACAAAAACUUACUCAAAAGCUCCACCUAAAUGUU